GGGCGGGGCCAGCAGUGGCGGGCGGUGAUGUCAGGGCGCGCCGCGGCGCGGGAGCGGAGCGGAGCCGGCGGCGGGUGAAAGACGGGCUGCUGGAGAGGGAUGUUAGGUCUGAGGCUGUCCCAAUGCCAGCCCCUGCCCCGCAGCCUGCUCGGCGCAGUAAGUAACCUUAACUGGGAGCUUGCUGUUACUUUAAAUAAGAGCUCUUCUUGCCUCGCGCUGUAAGCAGUCUGCUGGAAGAAGACCUGGAGAAAGAUGUGCUAAAGGGUCACACAUCAAAGAAGAAGAGCUUGGAUCCUACCUCGGUGGCUGCUGUGCCGCACAGCGCUGGAGGGAGGGAGACCUGGAGUGAGCUUGCUGAAGCUCACAGCUCCUACUGCGCUCUCUGCUAGCUCAGUUGUUGGUGUCCCCCGUUCCUGGACUUUGCUUGAUGGGGAUCUCUGCUGCGGGAGCAGUCUCUGCACUCAAAGGCGGGCGAGCAGGGAUAGGAGAGGUGGCCUCUAGAUGCUGGAAGGGCCAUUUGUGUAAGGCCCUGGCCGAAGAUCUCUCCUGGAACAGCUGCUGGCUGUAGGCCCACCAAGCCGAGGGUCAGGAGAGCCUCCCUGCAGCAUGUCUUCCAAGCCGGAGCAGAAGGACUCCCACCAGGCCAACGGGGCUGUGCUCCCCACGGUGCCCAUGAACUGCCUUGCCAGUCCAGACCGAGGGCAGCUGGUGGAGCCCUCGGAUUUCCUGGGACCUGACGGUGUCGGGGUGGAAGUGGUGGUGUUGGAGUCCCGCGCCAACGCUAAAGGGGUGCGAGAAGAAGACGCCCUGCUGGAAAACGGCAGCCAGAGCAACGAAAGCGAUGACACCAGCACAGACAGAGGUCCUGAGCCAGCCUCACCGCUCAAGGAGACCUCGUUUUCCAUCGGGCUGCAAGUCCUCUUUCCGUUCCUCCUGGCAGGCUUCGGGACAGUUGCUGCUGGAAUGGUGCUGGACAUCGUGCAGCACUGGGACGUCUUCAAGUAUGUGACAGAGGUGUUUAUCUUGGUGCCUGCGCUGCUGGGCCUGAAGGGGAACCUGGAGAUGACUCUGGCAUCUCGCCUGUCGACAGCUGCUAAUAUUGGCCAAAUGGAUACACCCAAAGAGCUCUGGAAGAUGAUAACAGGGAACAUGGCGCUGAUACAGGUUCAGGCUACCGUGGUCGGCUUCCUGGCCUCAAUCGCAGCGGUGAUAUUUGGAUGGAUCCCAGAUGGGCACUUCAGCCUUGACCAUGCUGUGCUGCUUUGUGCCAGCAGCGUGGCUACUGCCUUCAUUGCUUCGCUUGUUCUGGGCAUGAUCAUGAUUGGGGUCAUCAUCGGAUCCAGGAAGAUGGGGAUCAAUCCUGAUAAUGUAGCCACACCAAUUGCUGCCAGCCUAGGGGAUCUCAUCACCCUAGCUCUGCUUUCAGGAAUCAGCUGGGGCUUAUACAAAGAGCUGGAGAGCAAGGCAUACGUGAAUCCUCUGGUGUGCGCCUUCUUUAUAGCUCUGCUGCCCAUCUGGAUCAUCAUUGCCAAGAAGAACGCGGCGACACGGGAGGUGCUGUACUCCGGCUGGGAGCCUGUCAUUAUCGCGAUGGCAAUUAGCAGUGUUGGCGGUUUAAUUUUGGACAGAACGGUCUCAGAUCCAAACUUUGCUGGGAUGGCUGUCUUCACACCAGUUAUUAAUGGUGUGGGUGGCAACCUGGUGGCAGUGCAGGCUAGUCGCAUCUCCACUUACCUGCACAUGAGUGGGAUGCCUGGAGAGAGCUCCGAAACAGCCCCUCGCAAGUGUCCCAGCCCUUGCAGCACUUUCUUCAGCUCAGAUGUGAAUUCCCGCUCUGCCCGUGUGCUCUUUCUCCUGGUGGUGCCUGGACACUUGGUGUUUCUGUACACCAUCUCCUCCAUGCAAGGAGGACACACUACGCUCACCCUGAUUUUCAUAGUCUUCUACAUGACAGCUGCGCUUCUCCAGGUCCUCAUUCUUCUGUAUAUCGCCGACUGGAUGGUGCACUGGAUGUGGGGCAGGGACCUCGAUCCUGACAACUUCUCCAUCCCCUACUUGACAGCGCUGGGGGACCUGAUCGGAACAGGUCUCCUUGCUCUCAGCUUUCACAUCCUCUGGCUCAUCGGUGACCGGGACUCCGAUGUGGGAGACUAGCUCUCCCUGCCGCCCCUCCCCGUCUCACAGCUCGCCUCCUCCACUGAUUUUGUUGUUUCUUUUCCUCCACCUUCCUUUCCUUUACUUCCUCCCCCCGUCUCUCUCGAGACUUCAUCUUUGAUACUGGAUUCUCAUUAUUUUCAAUGGGAAUUUUAUGUGGUUUAUAUUUCAAGCCAACUUUGUACAGAAAAUAAAUCUAGUUUUAGGAAGGACAAAAAAGUGUAA